AUGUCUUUCCACAUGUCCUUCCACAGCGGACUCAUUCUACUACACCGCUCCUCUCUCAAGGACGAAGGAGCAAGCGGUGAGCUAGCCUACCAGCAAAGCAAACGAUCCGCCGGCCAUGUCGCCGCCUUCCUCCGCGCCUACCACGAUUGCUUCCCCAAUUCCACGCCGAAUUUCAUGGUCGUGCACGUCACACUUAAUGCCUCUCUUGUACAUCUCACUCUCCUUCAAACUAGAGACGCUACGACCUACCGCAGCGCUGUGCGGGCGCUGAAGUCGUCCGUUAAGAUCCUCGCGCAGCUGGUGCAGCAGUGCGAAUACGCACGCAUUGCAUAUGACUACUUGCGACAGUUCGCAUUCCAGUAUGAGAUUAUCCCUGCGAACUCGGAGAGUUUCUGGCCGCUGCUUGAGGAGUGA